AUGCAAUACCAACUGGAGCUUUUUAUUAGGCAUAUGAACAAUGACAGUGAGUACCACAAUGCUAAGAACUGUGAGAAUGCAUACUGGCAGCAUCCACUAGAGGACGGGACGCAAGACCAACCAGCAAGGCAGAUGAGUAGGAGGAAAGAAAGAGUUAUAUGCAGACUCAUGACGCAAGCGAUAUAUUUUGCAAAUGCGUGGAGUACAGCUGUACAGGAGAACGUAGGCCACGAUGACCAUAGUAAGGAUAUUAAGGGGCUAAUAAGAUGCACAAUAGCGGAUAUAUACCAAGACAUACUCCGGACAUAUGCAUGCGAAGGUCACUGGGGUACAUAUUACGCCUGGUACGUCGUGGACCAAAUGUGGGGAAACAUGAAGGCAAAUUGGGGCGAGCAGAAUUGUAAGAAGGGGAAGUACACGACUAUAGAAUUGAAGACUUGGAACAUGAGGAGUAAGAUGAAGACCUGGCUAAAGCAGAAUGAAACGAUGAAGAAGAAGAUUGAUGCCGAGAAACUAAACGAUGGCUGCAAGGGAAGAACAGUGAACGUAGGGCGCGACAUGACAAAGGAGUCAGAACAACAGAUAGAUGAGACCACGAAGACUGCAAUGAGGCAAAACGUACAAGAAAUUUUUACUGACAUGAAGACAGACAUUGGACAAAAACAUGCAAUAUUCACAGCAUCGCCUAAGAAAGACCCCACGGACCCUUCUGUGGACGACGCAGACGACCGGGAGAAUGCCGAGAUAGAGAAACGAAUGAAACAAGCAAUCGCGCAAGUGAAAGACCAAUUAAACGCAGUGAUCGCGAAGACUGCCGCUGAACAAGCAGCCGCCGCCGAAGCGGCAGCGGCCAAACCAGCCACGACCAAGCCGGCAACCACAAAACCGGCAGCAGCAGGAGGUCAGAAAGGGGCGAAGCCCUCGGCACCAUCACCAGAAGGCACAUCAGGAACAUCACCAGGAUCAGGAAGGUCAGAUCCCGGAUCCCCAGAUACACCGCUGCCACCACCCGCGGCACCAGCAGGGGACACGGCAUCCACGGGGCAAGGACCGGGUCAGGCACCAGGACCCGUACCACAACCCCCACCUGCGGCACCACCCUCGACACCAUCAUCACCACCAGAGAGUGGAGCAUCCGGUACAGGAAGUAAUGGCAAUGCAGGAACAGGGUCAACGGCAGCACCAUCGGGAACACCUCAGACAGAAGGUAAGAAAUCAGGGACCGAAUGUGUCACUAAUAUAAAUGAAGAGAGCACACAUAGUACGUACGCUGGCACGCACACAGUACGUCUGAGUAUUUCCUUCACUAACACGGAUCCGAAGUCUGGUUGCUCAGGAAGUAGUACCCCAGGUCAACAUACUGAGAAGGAUAGCUCGCGUACGGAUGCAGAAGGUGCCAAAUCAACGGAAGCACCGGCGCAACCAGCAGCAGCGGAAGAUGCAAAAACAGCACAAACAUCAGAGAACGGUUCCCCUGGCAAGGACGGUGUUCAGGAUACCGUCGUUGACGGCGGCAACGAUGACCUCCCUCCUCUCAAUCCACCCAAACCAAAACCGCCCCCGACCCCAGAUCAAUCGGGUAGUAGUGGCGGCACCAGCGGCGCAUCAGAUCAACCGGGUUCCUCUGGUACUGGUUCUACUGGUGACCACACCCCAGGUUCUUCAGGACCUGGCUCCACGGGGACUUCGCAACCAGGUACCUCAGGUAAUGGCUCCACAGGGGUUCACCAGGGAGAUUUCUCGGGUCUCUCCCUCGAUGACCCUGGCAUCUUCAAAGGUCGUAAUCCUGGUGGAGGACUGGUGCCACCGACCUUAGAUGAGGGCACUUCUCAGAAACCCAUUGAAUACCCCGGCACACCCAGGAAUCCGAAUAGUGGUCCCCAUGCGCCCGACCUAACCGACGACGUCCUUAUUGCCACUACUCCCGUACUCUUCUUCCUGUCCGCCGUCACCGUCGCCCUUCUUGGUUAUUCCCUGUGGAAGUAUUUUGCCUACCUCGGACAAAAACGACGACGAACAUAUCGAACCGUUCGUGACGUGCCGUCACCGCCACUCGACGAAGAAAUUCUAGACCAUCUACAACGCGGCGAACUGCCGCCACCCGAUUACGGGUACACAAUGAUUAGGGAUACGCAACCUCCGUCAACAUCCGGUAGAGGCCGCCCCCCACGCGUGCAUAAGCGCACCAUCAUCGAGCUACAUCUAGAAGUGCUCAACGAAUGUGCAGCCACCGAGUGGGAAAACGUCAAAGACGACUAUUGGCAGAUUGUCGUGGAGCAGUUUGCGCCCGACUUGGAACAGGACGCGGACACGAAUAACAACAUCUUGGGUGUUUCGACCUCAGACUAUGGUUCUCCAGGGACCAAUGUUUCCUCCACCUUCGAUCCACCCACCGAUUCCAACGGAACGGAUCCAUGUCCACCACAUGACCCCGAUCCUUGGAGUUGUAUGGAAACCAUACCGUUACAAACGGACCCAUGUCACCCUAACGCAGAGGACUCCGAUCCAUGGAGUUGUAUGGAACACAUAGAGUUAGAAACGGACCCUUGUCCACCUAAUGCUGAUGACCCCGAUGCAUGGGGUUGUAUGGACACCAUGCAGUUAGAAACGGGCCCUUGUGCACCGAAUGACCCCGCUCAAUGGCGUUAUAUGGAAAACAUACAGUUAGCAACGGACCCUUGUCCACCUAAUGACCCCGAUCCAUGGAGUUGUAUGGAAAACAUACAGUUACCAAGGGACCCUUGCCCACCUAACAACGACGACCCCGAUCCAUGGAGUUGUAUGGAAACCAUACAGUUAGCAACGAACCCUUGUCGCCCUAACGAAGAGGACCGAUGGAGUUGUAUGGAAACUAUACCGUUAGCAACGGACCCUUGUCCACCGAAUGAACAGGACCGAUGGCAUUGUAUGGAAACCAUACAGUUAGACGCUGAACAACAUCGCCCUUCCGACCACGUGACGUCGGCGUGCACCCAAUGGAUUAACUGGAUUGACCGCAACAAACAUAUUCUGCGGGCGUGCACGACGCAGCCGUGGUGUUUGCAACUACAAGCGGAUUGGAAACAAUACCUGCGUGAGCACAUGGCGGCAAACGAGGACAACGGAGUAUACGGUGAGAACAGGACAGCUGCAACCAUGGACAGCAAGCAGCACGCAUGGAAAGAAUGGGUCGCACAGCAACAUCGGCAAAUGCGUAUGUAUUGUGAGGCGCAGUGGUUUCAACAUUUGUUGAAUAAUGUAGCGCAGGAGACAGUGUCGGACAACGGCGCCGUACCACGAGUAGAAAAACACUUAGAAGUGGAAAAUGUAAUGGCCGCAGAAGAUGUUCUAAGAGUGCGAGCUUUACCGCGGACGCAACUGCAUCCGCAACCUUACAUGACAAAACCGUUAACCGCUAACAUAUGGAUACUGAUCCUGGCAUUAGUCAUACAACAGUGCGAGCUCGAGAGUAGUAUGCAAGACAAGGAGUUAUAUGUGGAUGACCUAUUGCAGCAACUGAGACAUUAG